AUGAAUCUGACGCUGAAUUUCGUAUUUGCCAUUGAGAGUCAUAUAUGUCAAAAGCGUGGUUACAAGCGUCGCCACAGGCCUCGUGCAACGGGUGCUCUAUUGUUGCCGAUUACUGAUCGCAUUACAAAUGAAAUUAAUAGUUUCUUGGAGGUUUCAAGACCUUUGAUAAUCCGAGCGUCGUCAUCGCCCUAUGGGACA